UCUCAGCCUCGCAGCCAGCACACAGAAGUGGAAUCCGCACUGAAACUCUGGGUGGCUGGAGCCGGCGGACUGGGCAUGCUCAGAAGCCAGGGCUGGCUUUGGUCUCAAGUAGGAAGCUCUUGCACUCGGGAGGCAGCGGCGACUUUGGGGAAAGUUGAUCUGAGACGGGAGGAAGCCCCAAGACGCGGAGCAGCGGCAGGAAGGAGCCCCCGGCAGCCCGGAGGAGCAUGGGCACCCUGCGGGAUUUACAGUACGCGCUCCAGGAGAAGAUCGAGGAGCUGAGGCAGCGGGAUGCUCUCAUCGACGAGCUGGAGCUGGAGUUGGAUCAGAAGGACGAACUGAUCCAGAAGCUGCAGAAUGAGCUGGACAAGUACCGCUCGGUGAUACGACCAGCCACCCAGCAGGCGCAGAAGCAGAGCGCGAGCACCUUGCAGGGCGAGCCGCGCACCAAGCGGCAGGCGAUCUCCGCCGAGCCCACCGCUUUCGACAUCCAGGAUCUCAGCCAUGUGACCCUGCCCUUCUACCCCAAGAGCCCACAGUCCAAGGAUCUUAUCAAGGAAGCUAUCCUUGAUAAUGACUUUAUGAAGAACUUGGAGCUGUCACAGAUCCAGGAGAUUGUGGAUUGUAUGUAUCCAGUGGAGUAUGGCAAAGACAGUUGCAUCAUCAAAGAAGGAGAUGUGGGGUCACUGGUGUAUGUCAUGGAAGAUGGUAAGGUUGAAGUUACAAAAGAAGGUGUGAAGUUGUGUACCAUGGGCCCAGGAAAAGUGUUUGGGGAGUUGGCUAUUCUUUACAACUGUACCCGGACAGCGACCGUCAAGACUCUUGUAAAUGUGAAGCUCUGGGCCAUUGAUCGACAAUGUUUUCAAACAAUAAUGAUGAGGACAGGACUCAUCAAGCAUACCGAGUAUAUGGAAUUUUUAAAAAGCGUUCCAACAUUCCAGAGCCUUCCUGAAGAGAUCCUUAGCAAGCUCGCUGAUGUCCUGGAAGAGACCCACUAUGAAAAUGGAGAAUAUAUUAUCAGGCAAGGUGCAAGAGGGGACACCUUCUUUAUCAUCAGCAAAGGAACGGUAAAUGUCACUCGUGAAGACUCACCAAAUGAGGACCCAGUCUUUCUUAGAACUUUAGGAAAAGGAGACUGGUUUGGAGAGAAAGCCUUGCAGGGGGAAGAUGUGAGAACAGCAAACGUAAUUGCUGCAGAAGCUGUAACCUGCCUUGUGAUUGACAGAGAUUCUUUCAAACAUUUGAUUGGAGGGCUGGAUGAUGUUUCUAAUAAAGCAUAUGAAGAUGCAGAAGCUAAAGCAAAAUAUGAAGCUGAAGCUGCUUUCUUCGCCAACCUGAAGCUGUCUGAUUUCAACAUCAUUGACACACUUGGAGUCGGAGGUUUCGGACGAGUAGAACUGGUCCAGUUGAAAAGUGAAGAAUCUAAAACAUUUGCAAUGAAGAUUCUCAAGAAACGUCACAUUGUGGACACAAGACAGCAGGAGCAUAUCCGCUCAGAGAAGCAGAUCAUGCAGGGGGCUCAUUCCGAUUUCAUAGUGAGACUGUACAGAACAUUCAAGGACAGCAAAUAUUUGUAUAUGUUGAUGGAAGCUUGUCUUGGUGGAGAGCUCUGGACCAUUCUCAGGGAUAGAGGUUCGUUUGAAGACUCUACAACCAGAUUUUACACAGCAUGUGUGGUAGAAGCUUUUGCCUAUCUGCAUUCCAAAGGAAUCAUUUACAGGGACCUCAAGCCAGAAAAUCUCAUCCUAGAUCACCGAGGUUAUGCCAAACUGGUUGAUUUUGGCUUUGCAAAGAAAAUAGGAUUUGGAAAGAAAACAUGGACUUUUUGUGGGACUCCAGAGUAUGUAGCCCCAGAGAUCAUCCUGAACAAAGGCCAUGACAUUUCAGCCGACUACUGGUCACUGGGAAUCCUAAUGUAUGAACUUCUGACUGGCAGCCCACCUUUCUCAGGCCCAGAUCCUAUGAAAACAUAUAACAUCAUAUUGAGGGGAAUUGACAUGAUAGAAUUUCCAAAGAAGAUUGCAAAAAAUGCUGCUAAUUUAAUUAAAAAACUGUGCAGGGACAAUCCAUCAGAAAGAUUAGGGAAUUUGAAAAAUGGAGUAAAAGACAUUCAAAAGCACAAAUGGUUUGAGGGCUUUAAUUGGGAAGGCUUAAGAAAAGGUACCUUGACACCUCCUAUAAUACCAAGUGUUGCAUCACCCACAGACACAAGCAAUUUUGACAGUUUCCCUGAGGACAACGAUGAACCACCACCUGAUGACAACUCAGGAUGGGACAUAGACUUCUAAUGUAUUUCUCUUACCUGCUUUUGCCUUGCUGAAGACAGCUUUUUCUCAGACACAGCUGCCAGCAAACCUGAAGGAAAGAGAGAAGAUUAGUGCUCGGGGUCACCAUGAUGCCUUUGAUCGAUGCUGCUCCAGUAACUACAGUGGCAUUAGGACUUAUUGCUUAGAUGACAAUAGUGCUCUUUACAUGUUUUCUCUUUGAACCUAAAAUAGCAGUUGACAUGGUGGUCCUGAAGCAAAGCCUUUCACCAGUAAAGAGAUGUUUUCUAUUGUUGCAAUGACCUUGCUUUGCUCUGAUUAUAAUUUGAAAGACUGUAGGAAACACUUUAAUCUAUUAUAAGAGUCUGUACCUUGCUAGAAUAUUCAAGAAGAUGAAAGAAUAAUAUAUUGGGUAUGAUAGAUUACUAUGGUACAGAAACUAGGCUAUUUCCUUUCUUCAAGUGAAGGCUGUGGGAUCUAUUACUGCAGGCCGGUGUAUAUACCAUACAAAAGAGGACCACACAUCUGUUGGUCACAGAGCUCAUGUCACACCAGUGCUAGAAGUUUCAUGAUUUUAUUUCCCAGCAGUGCUGAUGACAAGACUGAAUGUUAACUUUUCUUUCUGACAGAAUUUAAAAAUUGAUAUGAUAAAAGCACAACUGCUAUAGAUUCUGUUGAGACCUCUCAUAGUAGGUAUAUAUGCGUUUUCACAGAGGACUGAAAAAUAAUGCAUGAUAUAUUUUUUUUGAUAAAUUGGCAUGACAGAGUGGGGAAAAAAAAGCAAUUCACAAAACCAUUUCAUAUUUUUAAAACUACUGUGCUUAAAGAUGGUCCUGGAAGUAAAUGACUAGCAGCCAAUUGGUUUUACCUAACAUACCCUCAAACUGAGGCUUAAAGUAUUCCCUUUUAUAAAAAUAAACCCUUGGGGUGGGGUGGAGUGGGGAGGGAUUAAAACCCAUCCAAAAAAUAAAUAAAAACUAUAUAGGUGCUAUGUAUAUCUUUCAUCUGUAAAUGUCAGUGUCUGAACAGAAAACACAAAUUCAAAUCAUUACAUGUGUAGCCAGAAACUCAAGCAUUUUCACUGAAGUUAUUAAACCAAACUCCUGUCCAAUUUCACUUAUACAACAUCGUCAGUCUAGAGUUGAGAGACCAGGUGAUUACAAACCUGUUUGAACUGCCUUGUCUUAGGCCUGAACCAAAAACAAACAAAAAACAAAAAACAAGAAUGAAAAACAAAAAUAAAAAGUAGGAAAGACAAAAAAAAAGAAAGCCCAAAGUCAAAGUUAUUAAGAUUUACAGGUUUACCAAGCCAGGAACAUUACUUAUUUGAGGUCAGAGAACAAAACAAAAACCUAGCCAGGUGGUGAUUACCUUUUUGUGAAUAGGCUGAGUCCAUCCACUUCUUCAAGUAAGAAAGCAGUACAGAAGAAAACAGGAAUCUAAUUUAAAAAAAUAAAAUAAAUUUUAAGUAGAACAGAAUUAAUACAGUUCUGUGAUUUCACACUACCUAGAACUACAUUUGAAAAUGUCAAACUAAUUUACUUUAUUCACGUGGAGAAAAGAAUCUGCAAAUUAAACUGAGUCCUUUGCUGGCAGGCCAGUUGAUUAUUAUUAGCUGUAAUAAGUAACUCAGCCAUUUGGAAGGUUUUUCUGGAUAAAAUUGUGUUAUACCUAUGAAAAAAAUAUAAAACCUUUCAAGCUGGCAUUCUGUUUUGGCACAGUGUGUGAGUUUGGUAUAUUAAAUUGAGGCUUGCUCUUUUCUUAGUAGAGUUUUCUUUUUAAUCAAUCAAAUGUCAACAUUUCUGCAAGAAUUAAGUCCAAUUAGAUCAUUAUAUCUUAACUAAGAGGGCAUAUAUUAUGAAUUUUGUUUGAAUUUUUCAAACCCAAAACUACCUUAGAAUAUGAUAUCUUAUGAAAAUAUAAUAUUCUUAAAAAUUUGGAGGAUAAAAUGAAACGGGAAUAAACUUCAAUGAAAACUUUAAUCCUAAAAUGUUAUUGUUAUUCUUGUGUUUCUGGAGUUUUCUCUCCCAUAUAAUUUCUCCAAAUUGGUCUAUUUCCCAAGAUAUCCAGUUUUCUACAUAUUUUAGAAUAUAAAACUAAAUAUAAACUAAAAUCCAGCUAUGAAUGUUAUUUCAGUUUUAUAUUUUUUAAUUGGCCUUUUAGACAUAUUUAAUUCCAACAUUAUAGUCAAUGUUGAGUAAUUUUUGUUGAAAGAUAAUGUGGUUUAGGCAUGCUAAAGACUUGCUAGGAUAUUGAAUUUACCUUGUUAUUUGGAGAGACUCUGCUUCUGCAACUUUUAAAAAAUCCCCAAAGUCCCAAAGAUUAGCACUUAUUGUGGAUUUUGGAACUAUGGUUCAAGUCUAAGACAACCAAUAUGAAUAAGUUCAAUGGAGAAGGAAGAAGUAGCAUUCAGCACGACAUAACUCCCACUUGUUAUUGCAUCCUUGUUCAUUUCACCCAUAGCAUUGCAUUAGGUGUCUGAAGCAAUCACCAUAAAAUAAAGGUAGACUACAUUUUCCAAGAUGUACCAACAGCAAACAUUCAUCUAAUUUUCAACAUUGAAUUUUUAGUAUAUAAAUCUUGUCUUAAUGAAGACUCUAGGGCUAAAAUUCAUGGUCAGUUCCAUAAAGUGCAUCUCCCUUUAUUUCUGAAUUUUUCAUAAUCCCUCUAUUUUCUUACACUAAAGAACAUCUGGAUAAGUUAGAAUAGUGCCAACUUGUUUGAUUUGUUAAAUGAUUUUCUUGUUAAUGUGUUGAGUGUGGGAAAUAAGGGCUUUCUGUGUGUCUUUGAUUCACAGGAAAACUGAAAUUGUCAAGGGAAGCAACAUGAAAAUAACUGAGAUAGAUUGAAUACAUUUGAAAAAAUAAUUUCUGAAAUAAUACUAUACAUGAUUUUUAUGUUUGUAUCUUCUUUCUUACUGAGAUAUGAAUCAGAUCCAUAUGGCAUUCAAAACAAAUUUAUUUUGAUUAUAUUCUUUACAAGUCAUAAUUUUUACCUAAAAUUGUGGAAUAUGCAGUGAAUUACACAUGUGUAAUAAUAUAUUAACUUAACUAUUGAAUUUUUCCCAUUUGAUUUUUAAAUGACUGAACUGAUGGUAAACAAAUUUAAUGAAGUCAGCUACCAUAUUGAAAACAAGGAUAUUAGAACUGAUUUCACACAACAGAAGUGAUCUGUGCAUUAUCCAUAACAUUUUCUUUCACAAUAGGACCACAGACAAAUAUUUAUGUAAAUAGAUAUUUUUGUGUGAUAUUUUGUGGUACAUAUAACUUUUUUUAGUGUUUCACAGCAUUAUUAUUUCAUUUUAUUUGUACUGAAUAAUGUUUUUAGGUCCAAGUAGACUUGAAUUAAUGUCAUAAUUGUCAGUAUUAUUGAAAAUUAUGUCAACUGUACUGUUAUUCAUCUGUCCAUAGUUUAGAACAUGACCUGGCUAUCUGGCAUUGUUGCAAGUGCCUUAAAUUCAUGGCAUCCUAUUAAAAAAAAAAUUUGGUGUUAUGCUGCAUGACAAAGACAAACACACCUCAAAAUGUUGUCCUUUCUUAGCUUGCUGCGUUUUACAGUUCUUUCUGCUAACAAUUUAUAAGCCUUUAUUAUAUAAUAUUGAUGAAUUACAGAAAUGAUGAAGUUGUUCUCUUAUUUCUGUUAAAUGUACCAGAGCUGUGUAUCUGUUAAUGAGAUACAGCGUCAUUUCUGUGAAAUGUAUAAAUGUAUGUGCAGGUCAAAUUAAUAUAUGACAUACUCUCAGUCUGUAUACAGGUAUUCCUGUUUUGCUAAGUUGUGCAGAUUCUGUAAAAAUCAAUUAGUGCAGUCAAGUUCUAACAUAUCUCAUUUUAUAGACUCCAUUGACAGUGGUCCAACCCAAAAGAAAAAUUGGAAAUGACUGCUAACCACACCUCGUUAUGAAACCAUUGAUGAAAAAGACACUUGGUGCACCUCUCAACAAAACAGGAUGCUUUCUCUGAGUUGUUGUAUAUGCAAAUUAUUUACGAGGCAAGUUUUCAACAGACCUAGAAAGCAAAACAUUGAAAGUGUGUUGUUAGCCCUCCUCUCUGCCCCUGCAUCAACAGACAGAGCUCUGGGACCUUGGCAAUGACUCAGAGGUUGGGGCUUUCUGAGUAAAGGGACAUUUCUUUAAGCAUCAUCUAUCAAGUUUAUUUCAAUGUAUGAUGUUUUUACAACUGGUCAGUUCUUUUGUAUUCUACGGCUAUGGUUAUUUGAUUGUCCUCUUACAAUUUGUUCUACAUGAAAGAGUUCUUUGUUAGUCAGAAUGCAACAAACUGUCAUCAAAUGGUCAUUGACCACUUGCACUCUUUUGAUGUAGAUUAAAAACUUUUUCAUAAACUUAUCCUGCUUUUAUUUGCUCUGUAUUUUUCCUGCAGCUGUAAUUGCUGAGUGCCUGUUGUAUACUUUAUAGAGUUGAAAUAAAAAAAUAAUUACUUUUGAA